CUCUUUCUUUUGCUUACUCUUUGAGUACAAGCGGUAUUUAUUCACUUUUAAACAGUUCAACACUAACGAUUUGAAAAGAUCCUGAGAUUUAAAAAAGGUUUCUAUGGAUUUAACAUCAUUUAAUUGUACAUCGUCCGAUUUAAUAUCACCCAGUUGAUUUAUCCAUCAUGUCAUCCAAUAAUCAUGUGUUGCCAUUAAUUCAUCGCCAUUCCAAUGUGUCUGAUAAUACGUUAAUUACAGACAGAAGGUUUACUUUUGCUGUCAGAGGGGAAUCAACAGUAUUGGAGGUCAAAAUUAAAGAGAAAUGUGAUGCUGACUAUGCAAUGAUUACUUGGCCUGCAGCACCAGUAUUGUCUCAGUUUAUUGUUAACAACAAACCCCUGUUCACUGGAAAAAGAGUAUUAGAGCUGGGAAGUGGAACUGGCCUAUGUGGUAUUGUCGCCGCUCUUAUAGGAGCCAAAGUGAUUUUAACCGAUUCUCACUCUGUACGUGCAAAAUCAGAUCUACUUGAUUUAAAUGUUCGUUUAAAUGGUAUAAUUAUUGCUCUCGAUGAUACCAUUGAGGAUCCUGAUCCCAAGUCUCUCCACAUUUGCCCUCUAACAUGGGGACGGUUCACUGGCGUCUUCUUCAUGAUCCCAACUGUUGAUGUUAUCAUAGCCUCCGAUUGUUUUUAUGACCCAGAAGACUUUGAAGACAUUCUGAUGACUUUAGCCUAUUUUAUGACUCGCAACCCAGAAACCGUAUUUUAUACAACUUACCAUGUUCGCAAUUCCAGUUGGAAUAUUGAAUGUGCUCUCAAAAGGUGGAAUCUCAUUUGUGAAUGUUUACAUGUAGAUUAUGAAGAUGAUGAACCUGAAUGUGACGCUUCUCAAGGACAUCGGUCAAGAAGUACAAUAAUUAUUUAUAAAAUUACCAGGGAACAGAGAACUGAUUAAAUUGUUGCUCGAGUUAUAUGCACCGAGUUGGAUCAAGUUAACUAAAAGAUAAUCAAAUCAAAAAUGAUGAGCAAAAGAUCCAAAGCAAAUAUACCUUUUCCUAAAACAAAGAGUUAAAGCCUAUUCAUCCUUGGAUAAUCAGCACCAAAAAAAUCCCGGAAUAUCCUUCCAUGUUGAAAUGUGAUUUUUAUCAAAUCUAUUUACCAGUUAUACACUUCUUAUCUAUUUUCUUAAUUUUUAUUCUCAUUAUUCUCAUAAAUACCUCGCUGUACAGGUGACAUCUAAACGCUAUAUCAAUAUUUGUUGAAAUGUGUACAUUUAUUAUUCAAUCAUUUAUACAAAUCUUAUUUAUCACCAGUCAACCUUACUUGUAUGGUCAAUUUUUUCAUCUCGUUCCUUAACAUCAUAUUAUUUCAAUUUGUUGAUCCAAACAAAUAUUCAUCCAACACUUCAGUCCAGGUCAUCAUUCAGAUUACUUCAGAGUCGAAUAAAACCAAAGCUUAGUUGAUAAAUGUCGCUAGAGCUUGACAUUGAUAUUGAAA